GCAAUUAAAUGUUUGAAAUUGAACGGAAAAUACAGUCCAGUAAAAACGGAAGCAUUUGAUAAAUUAUACACUAUAAUGAAAUACAACAGAAACGAUAUUGUCUAUUUGUUGGUGAAGACGUGCACCAGCUGAUUCCUCCUAGCUAACUUACCAUCCGAAUGCAGUCUGUGAAGGUCGGCUACUCAGUGUUGUUUACGUUGAUAUCAAAACACAACUACCCGUCCUCGGGUCAUUUCAGAGCACUAGCAUGUAUUCAUGGUACAAUCAGUUCAGCCUGUGGUGUCCAUCCCAUUUCAACCACAGCGCAGCCUGUGGUCAUUCGCAUUCCCAGACACAUGCAGGAGCAGGUAGAAAAUGUGAAGCAAGUGAGAGGCAAGAACAAAGUCAACACCAUCAAGGCUGGCAAGCACCUAAUCAAAAGCAAGAACCCAGAACUGAAUCAGUCCGCAGGCUACACACUUGGGAAAUUUGAGCAGCACCAUCUCUCCUCCAAAGGAUGGAAACACAACAAAUCAUUUGGUGACUACUUCACGGUUAACAACACUCAGCGUACUCCACCCGUUGUCACUGAAAUCCAGGAUGAGGAGGGUGACAAACUCAAAGAGAAGAGUAAACCUAUUACAUUUCACAACCUUCACCUCUGCCCGGACUUAGUGGAGGCUUUGGGCAAGGACAACAUAACUCGCCCUACAACCGUUCAACUACAAACCAUCCCCAAGCUCCUGAAAGGCUAUAACAUCCUGUGCGCAGCUGAGACAGGCAGCGGCAAAACCCUGAGCUACCUGUUGCCUGUCAUUCACAAACUACAGGCUGAGAAAGCAGCAGAUUCCGAGUCUAUAGAAACCACACCCAGGACUCGCUCUGUUAUCAUUGUCCCCUCUAGAGAACUUGCUGACCAGGUCUCAGCUGUGGCCAGGAGCCUGUGUGGCCCAUUCAGGCUGAUGGUAAAGACAGUGGGAGGUGGAAGAGGUGUGGGCAACAUCAAGCUGGCCUUCACCAAGGGUCCCCCGGAUGUGUUGGUGGCCACACCUGGUGCCCUCAUCAAGGCCCUGCGGAGACGCUAUCUAGACCUGGGGGAGCUGAGCUUCAUGGUGGUGGAUGAGGCAGACACUAUGUUUGAUCCCAGCUUCUCUGGCAUGCUGGAGAGCAUCCUGGCCCAGACCUGCGUGGCCUGCGACCCCUCAGAGACCCAUGGAAAAAUGCACAUUAAAAAGACUGACUUGUUCUUAUAGGUGACGGACCUGGGCAGCAUGGUGACCAUCAAGAGCAAGAAUCUUCACUUCCUCAUGCCACAUGUAAAACAGACCUUCCUGAAGGUGAGGGGAGCUGACAAGCUUCUGGAGCUCCACCAGGCGCUGAAGGCAGCAGAGCAGGACAAGGCUGGGGUGUUGGUGUUCUGUAACCGGGCUUCUACAGUCAACUGGCUGGGCUACUCCAUGGAGGACAUGGGGCUGAGACACGUCCGACUGCAGGGGGAGAUGCCUGCCUCCCUCCGGGCUGGAAUCUUCCACUCCUUCCAGAAGGGACAGGUGGACGUGCUGAUCUGUACCGACAUCGCUUCCCGAGGACUGGACACCCAGAGGGUCUGUCUGGUGGUCAAUUACGACUUCCCAGAAUCCCACACGGACUACAUCCACCGGGCAGGGCGGGUGGGCCGGGUAGGGAGUAUGGAGGAUGGGGAGGUGCUCAGCUUCGUCACCCACCCCUGGGACGUGGAGCUGGUGCAGAAGAUUGAGACGGCUGCCCGGAGGAGGACAAGUCUGCCUGGGAUGGAGUCCUCCAUCAGGAAGCCUGAGCCCAAAGCAGCCGAAGAGGAGGAGGAAGAAGGGGGGUUGCUCUACUAGUGGGUCUGCCACAAAUAAGGAUAUUACCAAAGCAGAACUAACUUGUUUGAUUAAUUUGUUCAUUAAAAUGAUUGUAUCCAUCAUAGCCCAAACCAGCUGUGUGAGACUGAAUCCUUUGUCUCCAACACAGGCAUGAUCGUCUUUCAAUUUGACCUUUUUAGAUGCCAUAUCAUGUUUGAGACUGGAACUAUGAUCUGACUUCUCUUUUUAACCCAGAUGGUUACCGCAUGUCAUUCCAAAGAGGAAGUGUCUUUGGUAAUGUACAAAAAUCAUGCCCUCUUACAAGCAGCAGGUGUGCGGCACAUGUUUGCACUUCUCCCGGGUAAUCACGGGGUGGCAGUAUUUAAUUUAUUUGACCUGUCAUACAGCAGUCAUACAAUAACCAGAGAAGGGCUAUGGCCGAAUAUAGCCUUAUUUUAAUGCUCAUCCACAUGCGGCAAGCCCUUCUUUUAUGGAAUUUAACUCAGCCAUACUAACUUGUUUUGGUAAAACAUAGGUUAAAGAAGUAUGGAAUACCGAUUUUACUUUUCCUUCCAGAAAUGAAAAUAAUUUCCUUAAAAGAAAGAGUAACUCAUAUAACCCUUCAUGUAUCUGGUAGGGUGCCACUGAGACAACGGUGCUAAUCUCUUCUCACUAACCACAGGUAGACCCACAUUAGCAAAUUACGUUUUGGAAAGUGGUCUUCACUCUGUUUCUGCUUUUGUGUGUAAUACAGAAGCAUGACAUUAAAACCUCCAUAUGUAGAAAUUUCCAUGAAUCUACAGUCAAGUUGGAUUCAGGCCCUAGCCUUGAAGUCUAUCCCAUUGAUGCUUGCGGUUACUUGUUUUAGAGGAAGCAAGAUGUUUGAACAUGAAAAUGUGUCGGAGUGAAAAUGAAUCUCUGUGAAAUCUGGUUUCUAAAUAUGCCUCUAUAUUUUCUCACUUAUUGAGUUUGCUUUAAUUGCACCAAAUAUAACGUCACUAGGUUGCUGUACCAUAAACAUAUACCUGUAUACAUCCUUGUGCUGUACACAUCCAGACUGAGUGAGACUUGAGCUUUUUACGAGUACUACACUGAACAAAAAUAUAAAUGCAACAUGUAAAGUGUUUGUCCCAU